ACCCCUUCCGCUACUCAAGCCCGACCUUCCUGCCGCCGGGCCGGGCUGAGGCUACUCUGAAGCGACCCCGCGGUAGUACCCGACACGCCCCUCUCGAGACACCAUGGUGGCGUACUGGCGACAGGCUGGACUCAGCUACAUCCGGUUCUCCCAGAUCUGUGCAAAAGCAGUGAGGGAUGCCCUCAAGACCGAGUUCAAAGCCAACGCUGAGAAGACUUCUGGCAGCAGCAUAAAAAUUGUGAAAGUGAAGAAGGAGUAGCUGAACCUGCCUGAAGUGCUAAGUCUUCAAGGUGAACCAUGUGGGCUCCUGUUCCGGCAGAUGGAAAUCACCACAUCUCUACAGACAGACUACCCAGCUUGCUGAUAAAUCUACUAUGCCAAUAAAUUAACAUGGUUCACUCUC